UAGCAGUGAAAAUGAAUCCCACUGUUUUCUGGGUGGAGUUUGUGAUGCAGCAUGGUGGAGCUCGGCGUCUGCGUAUAACCUGAUCUAGUUACAGUGCCGUAGCUUGGACACCAGUGCUGCCCUGCUGGUCACUUUAAUGGCCGCUGCUGCCUUAUGGUAGGCUGCUUCCUGUGGUGGUGCAUACGCCGAGCAGGAAGAGCAGAAUAUUUGCCAAUUUAAUAAAUCAAGCCCUUAGUAUAGACUGGUAUAAAUUUGUGCACUCGGCGCACUUUCUUACUACAAGCCUCAUUCACACUCACUUUCAUGCAGGUGCUUUUUCUAUACCCCAGUGCUUUUAAUUUUUCAUUCACACACAUUUACUUUUCAAUGGCUGUAUUGGGGGAACUCAGGGAUCAGCAUCUGGCUUGAACCUCUGACCUUCCAAUUGGUAGACUAUCAAACCCAAUAAUUAAUCAUUAAUAACAGAUUAAACACAGAUUAACACACUGCAUUAAAUGGUUUCAUGUUUGGUAGAACUUGGUCUCCAAUGUUUUUAAGGCUCUCUUUCAAUCACUAAAAUGUGCCACAGGGCUCCAUCCUUACAUCUCUUUUGUUAUUGACAUAAUCAGUAUUACACUGAGGUAAUGUACAUUUUUAUGCUGAUGACAGUGUUUCUUACACUACUGGUUCUUCCCCUUAUUUGGUUGACAGAAAACUAAUGUGCUUUUAAUAAACGUCUGUAAUCUAUCAUAAAUAUGUUCUAAACUCUGAUGAAACUGAGUAAUGCUGUUGAUGGGGUUACCUGAGGAUUUCUACCCAUCUGUUUAUAUCCGAACCUUUCACAGUUAUAAACCUCAUGCUGAAUACAUAUCAAAACACUAAAUGUAAAAUUGGAUUUUUAUACAGAAACCGUCUACAUUAAAGCAUUACCAUUUUUUUUUCUUUGCCUGCUAACCUUCACGAGGCUUUGCCACACUGAUUAAUCACAUCCACUUACAGUUAAACACAGUAUUCCCAUAAAGCUCUCCUAUUCCACUAGAACAUUCUCAGAGGUAAUAUUUAUGUAUCAGAGGUCACACCUGAAUAAACAUUUGUUAAUCGUUGUAUCUGUGUUUUGCCUGUCUGGCUAUCUCCUCUCUGAACAUAUUGAUUGUGCAGAGGUCUCUCUGGAAUAAAGCUCCUGAUCUCAGUAAGAAACCUGUAAAAAUAAAGGAUUUUUGAAAUAAUCUUCAGUACUGGAGUUUUUUUGGGUGCUGUGUUGCUGACUAUUCUAAAUAUUACUGAGAGUUGGUCACAUUGAAGAGGGUUUUCAGGAAACACUGUUACUCUGAGAAGUUUGAUUUAUAUUUUCACAGACUGUCUGAUAUGAAAUGCUAUUAUGAGGCUUUGGUUAGAGUCACCUACUGUAAAUAUUUUUUAUCCGAACUGAGCACUGACUGAUAAAAAUCUGAGAAAUCAGAGAAAUUGUCAGUGGAACUAUAAAUAUAAACGUGUUUUGUGUUUUCAUGUGGCAUGGGCUCAGAGGAAGCCUCACUUUAGGUCUUCGAUUAAUGGCUGUUGCUUUAAGGAAUGUGAAAGUAAACAGACUUGGCAAGCCUAUCAGAGUGCAGCUCUUAACCCGUAGCUGACCUCUAGGCAGACUACACUCUGGACCUGCAGCUGCAAUCUGACUUUAAUUUGCUCACAAACUCGGGAUCGUUUUGUUGUUUCACACAUGAUGCAGGUUCCCACGUAUCCUCUUCUUCUUCUUCCCCUCUCCCUCCUUCUCCUUCAUUCUGUCGCUCCAGUACACGGAGGCCAUGCUCUGGUUUUUCCGGGAGAGUUCAGCCAUUGGUUGAACAUGCGGACCAUCAUAGAAGAGCUGGUGAAGAAAAACCACUCGGUAACCAUCCUAGUGCCCGAUGCAUCGCCUACUGUCAACUACAACAACAGCCGCGACGCCGCCAAGUUCAACUUCCUGGUUUUCAAGGUGCCGUACAGCAGGGAGGAAUAUCUGAGCACCAUUCAGGAAUUUCUGAACUUCUCCAUGCACGACCCCUCAACGCUGCAAGUGGCCAUGAAGCUGAUCGACUUCAUGGGGCGGACCUUGGACUUCGCGAGGCAGCAGUGUGACGGGAUUCUAAAGAACGAUCAGUUGAUGGCAACUCUGCGGGAUGCCGCUUUCGACGUCGUCCUACUUGACUCCUUGGUAAUGUGUGGCGACCUGGUGGCUGAUGUGCUCGGCGUGCCGCUCGUCAUCUCGCUACGCUUGAGUUUCGGCAGUGUUUUUGAGCGUCACUGUGGCCACGCUGUGUUUCUGCCAUCUUAUGUCCCGGUAGCUCCUGUGCUGUACAACGACCACAUGACAUUCACGGAGAGACUAAUCAACUUGGUGACAUAUGUGGUGUCAUCAGUGCUUACCGAACUGGCCUGGAAGCUGACGAUGGAUAAAUACUACAGUGAGAUUAAAGGAACUCCCACCAGUGUGUGUGAGACUCUGGGGAAGGCUGACGUGUGGCUCAUCAGGACGUUCUGGGACAUCGAUACGCCGCGGCCGACCCCACCCAACUUCAAACACGUGGGUGGUCUGAACUGCAGACCGGCCAAUCAGCUGCCAGAGGACCUGGAGGCUUUUGUGCAGAGUUCGGGUGAUGCUGGUGUAGUAGUGGUUUCUUUUGGCUCCAUGGUACCCAACCUGACGAUGGAGCGCACCAACGUCAUCGCCACCGCCUUAGGACGAAUCCCUCAGAAGGUGAUUUGGCGUCACCGUGGUGAAGCUCCACCUGCACUGGCGCCAAACAUAAAGAUUUCUGAUUGGAUCCCUCAGAACGAUCUGCUCGGUCACCCGAAGACACGAGCAUUCGUGACUCAUGGCGGCACUAACGGUCUGUACGAAGCUGUGUUUCACGGCGUGCCUCUGGUCGGCUUGCCGGUGUUUGGCGAUCAGUCUUAUAAUCUUAACCGUAUGAGCCACCUCGGCACUGCCAUUGUUCUCGACUUCAACAAAGUGACAGCUGAGGAGCUGGCAGAAGCACUGCAUGCCAUCGUCAACCAGCCAAGCUACAAGACCAGCAUUCAACGUCUGUCGGCGGUGCACCGCGACCAGCCGGUGACCCCACUGAAUACUGCCGUCUUCUGGUUGGAGUUUGUUAUGCGACAUCGUGGAGCUCGGCAUUUGCGGUUGGCUUCACAUAAUUUGAACUGGUUCCAGUACCACAGCUUGGACACGGGCGCUGUCCUGCUCGUCACUUUGAUGACUGCUGCUGCUUUGUGUUGGGCAGUCAUACGCUGCUUCCUGCAGAAGUGCAGACGACGAAGAGGAAGAGAGAAGGAGGACUGAAGAAAGAUUUUUUUUUUUUUGGGAAGGGUGCAAAGGUGAGAGCUUGCUUGGGGCGGAAGAAAUGGCAGUGGGGGUAAGCCAGUCAGAAAGCAGAAGACCAAGAGGUCUCAUUCCUCACUGUCCUCUGUCCGCCAUGCUGGAUUUACAACCACAGAGCACGGAAGGUUACUGCAAGUUUCCUUACCUUGCCCAGGGUCCACUGUGCCUCUUACCCUAUGAGAGCUACAGGCUCCCGCCCCUCUUAAACCCCAAACAAGUGGGAGAAGAUGGAUGGAUAGGAGUUUGCAGACUUAAGUAAUGUUGCAAACAUCCAAAAAGAAGAAAAAAUAUUUAUUAUACUUGAAAACCAGUUUAAACUUCUGCAAUGUGAAAUAGUUGUCCUUCCUUUCCCUUGACAGAGAGGAAAAAUGAUACUGAACACGUGCUGAGAAAGUUUCAAUAGUCCAGCCUUUUUCUGACUGCAGAAACUGACCCAAAUUUUCCCUCCCUAGACACGUUCAACAGUUUACCUCAGCAGGAGAAACACAGUUAAGAAUGACUGCUAAACCACUAAAGUGAUCCAGAUUGUGGAGUGCGCAGCUCACUGGGAUGCUUACAUAAAAUGGGCCGUCGUUAAUGAAAUUUGUCUCACCUGUGCUUUUCCUGCUAAAGUUCUUUAAGCCUCCAGGGACGUUUCACCUUCAAAACAGCACCUGUUAUCUGCUAAACCUGCUGUGAGGAGGGCUUUAGUGUAAUGCAAGCAGAUGGAGAAUCAUCAAAGCUGUUUUUAAUGUUGUGUGUGGGGGUAGCAACUUUGACAGAUGGUGCACUGACACCACAAACCUAUGUCGUCUCCUUAUUCUGCUUCUCUGAAUGCCACCUAUCCAAUACUUUGUGGCAUUUCCAAACUGUAGACAACAGAAUAGAAUAGAAUGGAACGAAAAUUGUCGGUGCUCCACACCAACUUUGCCGGAAUAAAAUAUGAAUAGUAGACAGCAACGAAUAAAUAACAAACAAGAGAAAUAUUAUGAUGGUGAAAAUGUUAACUGUGGAUCCUGAUCAAAUUUACCUAGAAGUGGCAUCAUGUGAUCAAGUGCUAGCAUAAUUAAAAUGUAAAUUAAAUACAACAGACACAUUUGUUCAUCAAUCUUUAUUCACUUUGCACUACACUUUUCUCUCAGCACUCUUCCAGAUCAGCAGGAAUCAAACACACCGAUCUUCUUGACAAUUAACACAUUCAAUCAUUUCAAUCAUUAUUUUAACCAUUUUAAAACCCCGGCUUCAGCUCUGAUGGAUUACAUCCACUGCAGGUCACAAAGCCGAGCCUCUAGUGAAGCAUAGCGAACAUUUAACUUGCGUCAGUCUGUCACGGUCGGUCCUUCCCUUAGCACAGCAGAAGUUUUACUUCUUACCUUUAGAAGACAGGGAAAGCAGGCAUUAAACGCACUGCCAACAAAAAAUAUAAACAGUAUUUCUCUUAGCUCCCAUUUAGUUACCCCCUCCUUCUUGUCCCUUUCUUUUACCAUGUUAUUUUAUCUUUUGUUAGUAAGUGGUGUUUCUAUGCAUGCAAAUCUUUUGAGCCAGCAGUAACAGUUGGUUUACAGCUCAAUUUUGGGGGGGGCAUUUUUGCCUUUAUAGGAUAGUGAAAUAGUAAAGAUAGACAGAAAAAUGGGGAAAGAGAGGGUGAAGAAAUGCAGCACAGGGCCGGAGCACAUCCUUGACCUGGUCCUCACCCUCAGUUGGAGCUGUCCCUAAACUGAGAAAUGUCUACUACUGGGACUCUCGGCCAUUUGACCUUAGAACUGAAGAAGCUUCUCGGAUGAGAGGUGAAACGUCUUCAAGCAACUUAAAGAAGUCCAGACGCUUUUCUUUGCAAAUUCCUUUGACUACGAUGACCUGGAUGACUGAGAACCUUCACAGACGUCUACUAAUUUCUAAUCCUGUCCAUUUUGAUCACUCCCAAUGCAAAGCUCAGCAUUUUCAGCUCUGCCUCCUGUCUUUUUAUCAGUGGUACUGUCUCACAACCAUACAUCACUGCUGCUCUCGCUGUCAUUUUUAAAUGUUGCCAUUCACUUCACCCUGCCUGCACUCUCCCCUUCACUUCUUUUGUUCAUCGGCCAUUGCUUUGAAUGGCUGAACCCAGGUGUUUAAACUCGUUAGGUUCACUACUUCUUCACUGUUACACCUGCCACCCUUGUAUUUUCACGCAUGUGUUCUGCCUUGCUUGGACUAACUUUCGUUCCUCUUUUCUCCAGUGCAUACCUCCACCUUUAUAGGCUCUCUUCCACCAGCUGCCUCCUCUGACUACAGAUCGUGACAUCAUUCGCAAACACAAUAUUCAACAGAGACUCCCGCCUGAUCUCAUCGGUCAGCCUGUCCAUCAUCACUGCAAACACAGAAGGGGCUCUGAACAGAUCCGUGAUGUGAUCCCACACCCACCUUGAACUCAUCUGUCACUCCUACAGCAUACCUCACCACUGUCUCAUUUUGGCAUUUUGAGUUGAUGUUGCUAAUAACUCAAAAUGCCAAAAUUCAAAACAACCCACUUAUGACAUUAAACCAUAUAGAAAACUGUA